AUGCUUUCGAAAAUAUUCAGACGAAGCGACGAAAAAUAUCAAACACCUCCGACACCAGCUUGGCUAACGGACUUGGAGCCAUUUCCCGAGCGUCAGCAAGAAGCCUCGCAACCGCGAGGAAUCGAGAGCCAGAUCAGCAACCUCAAAAAGACCGUCCAAACGUUCACUCAUUCAUCAAACACGGAGAAACUCAAAGACUACCAACCAUUCCCUGGAGGCAAAUUCAAGCACGUCGUCCCCGCCGACAGUUCUGCCAAAGACUACUGGCUAAGAGAAACAUCUACCAGGUUUGUCGAUCUUCAAGAGGAGCAUAAACGACUUUUCAGACCAUACGAGGAUGUCCUUGGGACUCUCUUUUUUUCUGAGAAGGUGACCGCGAUUCUGUCGGAGGACGGCAGGACUUGGGAAGCAGAGAGUGCUAAUGUGAAAUAUUAUCUGGUGUUGAAAGAGGGGUUGUGGGAAGAUGAGAAAGAAUAUGUUUGGGAAAAUGUUCAUGGUGUCAUAGACCGAACGGAAGAUGACUUUGAUGGUCAGAGGAUUCCGAUAGAAAAGACAUAG